AUGGAACCGACAUCCACCAAACUUAUUACGCGCUGGACAGAUACUGAACCCAUCCAGAUCGAAGACGAGUUGGUUGUUGAGGAACCGCUUGAGAUUCGGGUGGGACAACAGAGUUUGAUCGUUGUGAUGCGGACACCCGGACACGAUUUUGAACUCGCCGCAGGUUUUCUUUAUACGGAAAGCCUCAUAACCUCUGGCGAUGACAUCGAAAUCAUUGCCUACUGUGAUGAAGAAGAUUCUGGGACGCAGUCUUCCGGUUUAUCGUCGUUGCAGAAUAUCGUCAACGUUCGUCUUACGGAGGGACUGGACCUUGAUGCCGAAUCAGGUUGGCAGCGGAAUUUUCAUGCAAACGCGAGCUGCGGACUCUGUGGCAAAAUGACGAUUGAAUCCGUCAGACAGCAGGUGCAACCGCUGAAUUCAGGGUUCCAUGCGAAUCAAGGGGUGUUCUAUAAACUCAACGAUCAGUUAAGAAAAGCGCAAUCUGUUUUUGAAAAAACAGGUGGACUCCAUGCCGCUGGGUUGUUCGAUGAAAAGGGCGAACUCCUGAUUAUCAGAGAGGACAUAGGCAGACACAACGCUGUCGAUAAAGUCAUCGGACACGCGUUACUGGCUGACUUAGUGCCGCUUGAGCAACAUAUUUUGAUGGUAAGCGGACGCGCCAGUUUUGAAAUCGUCCAAAAAGCCCUCUUUGCUCGUAUCCCGAUUAUCGCCGCUGUCUCUGCCGCAUCUACACUCGCUGUAGAUCUCGCUGAAGAGGGUAACCUCACAUUAAUAGGUUUCAUGCGGGGUCAGAGUAUGGCAGUCUAUAGUUGUCCAGAACGUGUUCACCGUGAAUAG